AUGCUGGCUGCUGUGCGCAGGCUGCCCACCCGGGCAAGUGGGCUGGUCAGCCCACGGAACGUGGCGACUUCGAGUAAUGGUAAGUCUGCGAUCAUCGGCGACGUGAGCACGAGAACCAGCGCGUGCCAGGUAGCUCAUUUGUCCUUGCCAAACAACUUAGUCGUCAGAGCGGCUGCUUUCUCCACGUCGUCUCGUGUCGAGGCGCUGAGCAAGUUCAACAUGCCCGCCAUGAGUCCGACGAUGACUGAAGGAGGGAUUGCAGCCUGGAAGAAGCAGCCUGGAGAGAGCUUCUCAGCUGGAGAGGUGCUCCUGGAGAUUGUGAGUGCGAUCGAGCUGAAUCAGAUCUACAGCAGAUGGAUGGCGACUGACGAUGACUUCGUUCUUGCGCGAACAGGAGACAGACAAGGCCACGAUGGAUGUUGAGGCGCAAGAGGACGGAAUCAUGGCAAAAAUCAUUGUGAGGCAUAGGUUUGACCCUUGGCUGACAUGACAAGCUUGCUUAACAUGCCAAUCUGUGUCUUCAGGUCGGUGAUGGCAGCAAAGCAGUGCCUGUGAAUUUCCCAAUCGCAAUCAUCGGCGAGGAAGGCGACGACAUCUCAGGUGCCGAUGCACUCGCUGCAGAGGCUGAGAAGGACGCGUCUCAGGCCAGAAGCGAGACCAAAGAAGAGUCAAAGCCAGAAGCACCUGAACCUCCCAAGAAUGAGCCAAAGGAGGAGAAGCCGGCUCCUGCUUCUCAGCCAGCGGCCUCGUCGUCAGGCUCCGCGCCGGUGCGAAACGAAGGCGAGCGCGUCAUCGCUACACCAGUCGCCAGGCGAAUUGCACAGGAGAAGGGCAUUCCCUUGAGCAAGGUCAAGGGCACAGGUCCUGAAGGCAGAAUCAUCAAGGCCGAUGUCGAGGCUUACCAGCCAGAGGCUGCAGGAGCAGCAGCACCCGCCACAUCUCCUUCGGCUCCUUCGAGGAGCGCUGCUGCGCCUUCAGCGCCGGCACCUGCCCCUUCUUCUUCUUCCGCAGAUUACGAGGACACGCCGGUUUCUUCCAUGCGACGCGUGAUUGCGUCUCGCUUGACCGAGAGCAAACAGCAGCUGCCGCACUACUACGUGUCGAUCGAUGUUGAGAUGGACAAGGUUCUUCAAUUGCGAGCAGCAUUCAAUGCAGCUUCGCAGGCCAAGGCCGGCGGAGACAAGCAAUUGGCCAAGCAAGCUAAGCUAAGCGUGGGCGAUUUCAUCACCAAGGCCGCCUCCGUCGCGUUGCGAGAGGUACCAGAGGUGAAUGCAGCAUGGUACGGUGACUUUAUCAGGAGCUACAAGAAGGCGGACAUCUCCAUCGCCGUGGCCACCCCAACUGGUCUGAUCACCCCCAUUGUGCGAGAUGUUGGUGGCACAGGUCUGGCAAGCAUCAGCGCUCAGACGAAAGCAUUGGCUACCAGGGCCCGGGACGGCAAACUCAAGCCGGAGGAGUACCAAGGCGGCAGCUUCACCAUCUCCAACAUGGGAAUGUUUGGAAUCACGCACUUCACAGCCAUCAUCAAUCCUCCGCAAGCGUGCAUCCUCGCCAUCGGAGGCACAGACACUAGAAUUGUUCCCGAUGACUCGUCCGAGCAAGGCUGGAGAAAGGCAAACGUUAUGCAAGCGACUAUUUCGGCUGACCACCGCAUCGUCGAUGGCGCUACCGCAGCGAGAUGGAUGAAGGCGUUCAAGGACGCUCUGGAGAAUCCUUUGAGGUGAGGACAGGGAUUCGAAUGAGACAGCUUCGAUCGAAGCGGCCGCUUGUGCUGAUAUGCUCCCUGACCUGCGCCCUCUCUCUCUCAGCUUUAUGCUGUAA